AUGGCUCGCUACCUCCUCCCGAUCCUGGCAGCUACCGCAGUCCUAGCCAAGACGGACCUCGCAGGCUGCACCUCUCUCACAUCCACCAUCCCAGGAUCCUCCGGCAACUCCAUCAAGACAGUAAUCCACUACGUCCCAGACACCCUCGAAAUCUGCACCACGCUCGACUGCGGAGGUACCGACAACGCGAUCGGCAAGAAAAUCCCCGGCUGCCCAGGGUACUCCGGAACUGAGACGAUCACCAAGAGCCUCCUCCCCAGCUGCGCUACCGUCAAACCGCCCACGGUGACAGUCACCCAGACCCUGGCGCCUCCGGGGUCGAACAGCGGGGUCGGCAGCACGACGGUGACGAUUACACCGCCUACGACGACGAGCACCAUUGUCAAAACCGUCACUACGUCGCCGACGGCAUCGCUGACGGUGUCGGGGCAGAGCGGAAUCACGACUGGGACGAGCGGUGCGGGCAGUACCUUGGUGACGUCGACGGAGGGUGAGGCCGCGCCCACUGGGACUGGAAGCGGAGCGGAGCCCUCGCCGAGUACGGUUCCGGCGGGGGCGGGGUCGACGGCUCGGGCGGAGAUGGCGGCUGUUCUCGGCGUCGCGGCCGCUGUUGUGGCGUUUGCUUGA